AUGGCGGAGAGCGGCGCGUGGCUGCUGGUGCUGAGCGCCGUGUUCCUGUGCAGCGCGCUCAAGAUCCUGCUGCCCUCCUGCUCCGCCGUCAUAUCCCGACUGUUACAAAAAGAUGCAGAGCAAGAAUCCCAAAUGAGAGCUGAAAUUCAGAAUAUGAAGCAAGAACUCUCAACCAUUAGUAUGAUGGACGAGUUUGCCAGAUAUGCCCGUCUGGAAAGAAAGAUAAACAAAAUGACUGACAAGCUUAAGACUCAUGUAAAAGCACGAACUGCUCAAUUAGCCAAAAUAAAGUGGGUUAUAAAUAUUGUAUUCUACAUCUUGCAAGCUGCCCUGAUGAUCUCUCUGAUCUGGAAGUACUAUUCGGAGCCGGUCACGGUGCUUCCAAGCAAGUGGCUCGCUCCCCUGGAGCGCCUGGUGGCCUUCCCUACAGGGGUGGCCGGUGGUGUUGGAAUUACGUGUUGGCUUGUUGUCUGCAAUAAAGUCGUAGCUAUCCUGCUUCACCCUUUCAGCUGAAGGAAGGAAUAGAAUCCUAAACUAUGUUUUCAUUAUAACUGUCAAAAAAUGGGGAACAGUUAUCUUUCAUGACAGACCAAAUCUGAGCUAAUUUCUGUUACUUCACUUGUAUAUUUGUCAAUAUUCUUUUAUAUUUCCUUAGUUUGUUUUCCAGAUUCAGAAUCAACAGUUUUUAAAAACUAGCACUGUUGUUCAUAAAGCCUCUGACUAUUUUGACAAGGGAUUCAUGGCAUAAUCUUAAAACUUUGYCAUGGCAUAAAAACACUGGAUUCUUUACCUUUAAGUUGGAAAUACACUGGCAUUAGGAAUUGUUCUGGGAGCUUUGUUGCUUCUUUGCUGCAUAAUAACAGCACUUCACCCAAAAGGUGGGAUUAUAUUUGGUAACAGAUGGGAUUAGAGGUUGGGUAAUUGUGAAACAGAAUGAAUUACCUUCUUGCUUUUUUUUUUAACACUAGAAUUGGAGUGUUCUUGGACAAUCUAAGAAAAUGCAUGAUUCAUAUAAUAUGCACAGUCAGCUUGCUGCCUCUUGAGAUUCUCUCAGUUGCCAAAUAGGAGGGGGUUGGUUACUUUCUCUGCCCUGUGUUAGGGCAUUAAAAACUUCUUUUCCUGCUUUUACUGAAAACUGACCUUUCCUUCUGUGAUUCUUUUUUCCCUUCUUCUCAAAUUGAAAGAAACUUCUCACUGAAACUUCCUUCCAUAUUUUGGGAGGAAAUGUCUGACCACUUUCUCAAGCUUCACGUUAAGAAUAGAGUAGAAGAGUGUGCUGUUCUUCCUUCAGAGAAUCCAUUCCUUGGGCUGCAAUAGAUACAUAAAUUGACAGUUCUGGAUAGCUCAGAGGAGCGUAUCAUGAGAAAAGGCAAAUUUGUGACUUGAAUGCCUGAAGCAGCAAGGGAAGGUAGCAGCUGUACCAACAGGAGGAGAGGUAAAAACUACCCAUUGCCGAGCACAUCCUUCUUGCUACCUUGAGUUACAGGAAACAGCCAUGAAUAUUUUCAGUUUGAAGGAGGACAGAAUUCCACCUAUGCGUGUUGAGCAGUGCAUCUUCCAUGGUAUAGCGGUAUUUGCAACUCCUAUCACUGUUGUCCUAUUAAACAAAGCAGUGGUUUUAUUAAUUCUUGAUCCACAAAUCCCCAACUCCUGUAGAAAUGGACACCCUUCUGUUUCCUGCUGGGCCCCGGGGCUUCCCGCUCGGUGCAGUGGAACACACCAGUUGUGUUCGUGUUCUUGCAGGGAUGCCUUCAGGCCCCGCCGUAAUUAAUGUUACCUU